UUCUCCUUAUGGCGAAUAACGAAGAGCACUUUGAAGAUUCAAACUCCAUGGGAGGAGACACGUUUGACGCUUUAAAACAACGAUUCAAGGAUCGAUCAAAGAAAGUUGUUCAUACGAGAGAGUUGUUGUCUAAACAAGCGGUGCAGACGCGCGAGAUGCUAUCACAACAGGCCGUUAAGAUCGCCAAACAAGCCGAAGAACACGAAAGAUUCAUCAACAAGGUGACACAUCUUGUUGGGGUGCUCGGAUUUGGAGGUUUUUGUUUCCUACUUGGAGCAAGACCACAAGACAUUCCUCUCGUUUACUGCUUCUUCUAUGUCAUCUUUGUUCCUCUCCGAUGGAUAUAUUACCGUUUUAAGAAAUGGCAUUAUUAUCUUCUGGACUUUUGCUACUACGCCAACACAAUCUUCUUGGUUGAUCUUCUUUUGUAUCCUAAAAGUGAAAAGCUUUUCAUGGUUUGCUUUUCCUUUGCAGAGGGACCAUUGGCAUGGGCGCUUAUUGUAUGGCGUUGCAGUCUGGUUUUUAGUUCGCCCGAUAAGAUUGUUAGUGUUCUUAUACAUCUCUUGCCUGGGCUCGUGUUCUUCACGAUUAGGUGGUGGAAUCCAGCGACAUUUGCAGCUAUGCGCCCUAUAGGCACUGAUCGUAGGGUUUCAUGGCCUUACGUAGAAGACAAAUAUUACCUUUUCACAUGGCUGUUUCUCGUCCCCUUGGUGGUUUAUACUCUUUGGCAAGUGCUUUAUUUUCUUAUCGUCAAUGUUUUGCGUAGGCAGAGACUCCUGAGAGAUCCUGAAGUUAUGACUUCAUACAGAGAAUUGUCGAAGAAAGCUCAAAAGGCAAACAAUAAGUUCUGGCAGCUCAGCGGUGUACUAGGCGAUCAGAACCGUAUGUGGAUGUACAUCCUCUUCCAGGCCAUGUUCACGGUGGCAACCAUGGCGUUGACCGUACCCAUCUUCUUAUCGUAUAGACUUCACGUGAUCUUUCAGAUCCUAAAGAUUUCAGCGGCAGUGUGGAACGGAGGGAGCUUUUUACUUGAGGUAAUGCCACGGCAAGUGAUCCAGAAAGAAAAGAAGAAGAAGACAGAGAUGCAGCCGAUAGAGGAGCAGCCUCCGUCGCAACAUGAACAUGUGUUACCUCCAAUUCUGAAUGAGCCAAAAUCUACUACUGAAACUUGAUGGUACAUAUUAAAAUAAUGGUUUUUAAGGCAUGCCUGAAUCAUGCUUUUUUUCCUCUAAAACGGGUUGUUCCUGUGGUUACAAUGAAUUAACUUUCUAUAGAAGUUGGUUUUGCUUCUUU